GUCCCCCCGCCCCCCCGGGACGCCCUCUCGGUGCCACAGGUGACACAAACGGCAGCGGGGCCGGGGCGGGGGCGGCGGCGGCGGCGGGCGGGCCCGGGAGCCGCCCAGGUCUGAGGGAGGCUGCGCCGCCAUUCGCUCCAGCGGCGGCGGGCCGGGGCUGCCUCUCCUCGCCACCUCCCUUCCCCUCAGACAAGCGGGGAGCGGCGGCUGCCGUCCGGGACGAGUUCUUAAUGAUCAUAUCCAUAACUGGUAGUGAACCUGGAACUCUACAACACCAUGGAGUUGGUGCCCUGUAUUUAGUGCUCAUGGCUAUAGUUCUUGAUGGUCUCAGUCGUCAAGGUAGAAGUGCUUGAGAGCUCUUUAGCAAGACAAGCUGCAAUCAAAGGGAUGUUUUGUUUGUUCUUAAACACUGGAUAUGCUAGGUCAAUGAACUGUUACUUCAGGAAGCAGAGCUGAGAGGACAAGCUGAGAAGACAUCAUUACGAUGGCAAGCAGGAAUGCAACACUUUCCCAAAAAUCUCUCAUCUAGAGAAGCAUGCGUAUACUCUACUGCAAGAAAGCAACAUUUGGGGCUCUUUAAACCAUUGACUGUGGCCUGGUCCACCUUUCUCAGUGCCUGCUGAAAAAGACUUUUCUUCCAUACCUUUAAAGCAGACUACAAGACUAUCCUCAGCAGGAUUUAAGAUCUUCCUGGACACUUUACCAGCCCCUACACACACAACAAGAUGAUUGACCUAAGCUUCCUAACAGAGGAGGAACAAGAGGCAAUAAUGAAGGUGCUGCAACGGGAUGCAGAGCUUAAAAGAGCUGAAGAAGAGAGAGUCAGGCAUUUACCAGAAAAAGUCAAAGAUGAUGUUCAGCUAAAGAAUAUGAGUGGGCAAUGGUUUUAUGAAGCAAAGUCAAAGAGGCACAGAGAUAAGAUACAUGGAGCAGAUAUUAUUAGAGCUUCCAUGCGCCGGAAGCCUGCCACUCUUGCUGAAGUGAGUCAGAACAAACCAAACAAAGCAAAGAACAGCUGGGUGAGCAACGUUAAUAAAGAAGUCUUUGUGUCACCAGAACUGCAUGGCAUUGUGGAACAUCAAGAAGAAGAAGAACUGAAAUCUAGUUCAAGUUCUAAAACAAUACCCGCUGUGUUAGACAAACCAGAGGAAAGAUCUCUGAAGGCAGCAGUCUCACCAGUAAAGCCGAGGAGAAAUCCAUUUAAUUCCACGGCACCAGGUGAUAACUUGAACAGUGAGGAAUCAGAAAACAGACCAGCCACUCUACCUCAGCUAUCAAAGAAGGAAAUUUUGUCACUCUCAGAAGAGAGCCAACCUAAACCAAACUUACAAAAUGAUGAAACAGAGGAACAUAAGAAGCCUUCUGUAGAAGCUACUGAUGAAUCACAGAAAGGACUUGCUAAGCGUCCUGUCCCAAAAGCUAGAAAAUUAAUUCACAAAGCAACAGAUCCUGUGUCAGAAAGGGAACACUUUGUUCCAAAACCAGCCAAACGGACUGAGAGGAUUAAUGGCGUUGGUACGCCGCCCAGGGGCAUUCUGAAGCGCAGUUCAAGUUCAAGUUCCACUGACUCAGAAGUUCGUGUUAGUCAGAUGUUAGAUGUUCAGAAAAAGAAUGCUCUUCCUACUGCAACUAUUUUUGAAGGAGAAGCUGAGAAGAACUCUCUUACAGAAGAAGUGGAAGACUCCACACAAAUUUCACUGGAAAAACUAAAACAAGUGAGGUUCUCAUCUAGCACAGGUGACGGAGACCCUCUGCAAAGCCCACAGCUACACCAUGGUAGAGUAAAAGGCGAGUUUGAUUUGUUAGAGUCUGACAAAAUAGAGAGUAGUGAAAAUGAUGCUAUUAGAUCAAAUACAUUUGGGAAUAAACAGAUUUCUGCUGUAAAGCUUUCAGGAACCGAUUCAUCAGCUUUGCAAGUAAAAACAAUAGGUGGCUUACAAGAUGAUACGUCGGCAUCUGGCCCUUGUGCCACUAAUAGGUCAGACGUCCUGGUUAAUGAAGCCCUGCAGACAAAGACAGUUACUCCGAAGAAACUUGAAACUGCACAGCAGACCUCCAGCAAUAGCCUGCCACAUAGCAAAAAUGACCCGAGUGUUGAUGAGACACAUGAAAAUAAAGCCAACCAGUUCCUGAGUAAUAAAUCGAAGUCACACAAAAACGUUACUGAUGAACAUCAGCUUUCUGCUAAGACAGAAGCACAUGAGAUGUCAAAUACCACUUCUACAAGCCUUCAACAAGGUAAGCCUGAUCUUGUUGAGCAGCAAGAUGCUAAAACCAGUUUCAAGCCUGACAAACAUGCUGAUGAACUCAUGAAAGUGGCCGAUGAAUCUGUAUCAAAAGUUUUAGAUUGGUUUAAAAGAAGUUCUGGUACUGAAGAUAGGAAGCACAUAUCAGCUAGAUCCCAAUGCAGGGAACCCAAAGAGGAAGUGGACUUCCCAACCAGAAUGGCGGUUGUUCCUACAGAACACAGUGGGCCUGGCAUGGGUGGAAAACCAGAAGUUAAAGAGGAGUUACCGUUUGGAAAGAUAAAGCAACAGAACAGUAGUUCAUCUGCAUCGUUUAUUUCGGAAGAUACACAACUGAGAAGAGAGAGGAUAAAGCCUAAGAAAGAGGAAGAGAAUGAGGAGCAAAAUGACAAAUCACUAACUGAAUUUAACUGUGCAAGAGUUGAAGAAAAAGAAAGCGGUCAAGAAAUCAAGCAACAAAAUAAAAAAUCAAACCCCUUGGAACAUCAAGAACACAAGCUACUAGCUCAGAAACAUGGAUCAGAGAAGGCAAUACAAGAAAAAAGAAGAAUAAGGGAGAUCAGAGCAUUCUGGGAAGGGGAUAAAAGUAUCCCCAGUCAUGGAGAGAAAGAAGUUAAUAUCAAUACUAAUGCAUCAGGUGGCAGUGCAUUGAAAGGUCUCAGAGGAAGUGAUAAAAUAAAACCAACUGCGGUGUACUUACCUAAUGGAUUGGAUGAUCAAAGCAAGAAUACGUUAGGAAGUGCUGAACUAACUUGCGCAAGCCAGGCUUCAAAAAACAAACAUCAAAACUCUUUUGAGUCUGGCCCAGGCCAUGCGGUUGAAAAGCCAGAAAGAACAAUUCCGUGUGAUGGUGAGGCUGGUGAAUAUACAGAAUUGCCAAAAGCCCGUAACUUGCAGCCAAGUGUUGAUGCCGCUUCAGCUUCCCCAGAAAGCAAAGACAAAGAUGAGAAAGAAACACUCAAAGGAAGAGUUGCUGCUUGUUCCCAACAGAAGCCCAGCUUCCAGAUUUUGUCUUUAAAAGAAAAAAUGAAUGAAAAGUCCAAGAAUCAAAUUCCAAGUCCUUCACAGUUCCAGAGUUUGAGAAACUUCUGGGAUGCUGGAGUUAAAUUACAGAGUAGCAUUGACAGGGGAGAUGUUUCUUUGCUAAAUAAUACUGGUUCAACAACCUAUGAAGGAAAAUCAAAGCAAGAUAAAAAAGGCAGAGAUAAUGCAAGGAAGCAAGAGUUAAUUCAGCAUCAAACCCAAAUGUCGGAGAGAGAAAGAAAACAGAAACUAGAUUCUGUGGUACCUGAACUGCCUCUAGGAUCUCCUACCCUGAAAGGUCUUGAUGUGGCACACACAAAAACCACAGAUUCUGCCCAGCUGGACAGAAAACCGGUUAUCUCAAAACCCCAGGAAAAGAUGGGUCUUGCAGAGCAAGAAGUUAAAGAAUGUGUAGAAAAAGGUAUUGUUUCAUCAAAAGAACAUCAUGUUUCCUCGCAGUUGCUCCCGCAACCACCUAGUGAUAAAGAUGCUUUAAAGGACAUGGCAGCAGAUGAUCGGCUAUGUUUACCUAUAGAAAACACGGAGAACAAGACUAUUCCAUUAGAUAUCAAUCUUCCUAAAGAGGAAGUUGCAGACACUGUGGAUAAGGUGGUUCUACCUAAAGCUGAGCUUGAUGUAUUUAAAUUAGGCCUAAAAAAGUUAGAGAAGGAAGCCUCUGAGAUGUCAUCUAGCUUGAACCUAAAAGAAAACAUUUUGGAAGAGAGAACUUUCCGCUCAGAUCAGUGCAAGAUCUCUGAAAGAACAGGAGAACAGAGCCAUGACAUUUCUCCUGCUGAUCAAAAGGAAGAAAUAAGCAAAAGCACAGGAAAAGUGAAUGUGCCAUCAAUAGAUGAGCAUGAAAACAAAAAAAGCCUCAGAAGACUGUUUAGGGAAUUUGAACCUUUCUGUCUACGAUAUUGGGCAGCAGAAAAGGAUGAUACCCUUGGGGGUUUGCAGAGGUCUCAAGGUGGUUUGCAGAACCUGCUCGGAGAGACCUGUGCAUCUCAACCUUCUGAACAUAGAAGGAUGGAAAUGAAAACAUCCAAUGACGCAAAUACUAUAUCACAAACUAAUUAUAGUGUAGACUCGACAUGCCAAGAAGAUACUGGUCAGCCUGAAGAGGUCAAUGAGACCACAGAGAAGUUUGUUGUCCCAUCCAAGGUCAGCGGUUUGAGUUCUGCUUUGGAGAAACUGAUGAAGGAGGCAUCUGAAACGCCACCUCCUAAACCAAAACGCGCCAUUAGUACACUACAGGGAACUGAGAUGCAAGUUAAAAGCACAACCUGUGACCACGAUGGAGAGUUGCCACAGGAAAUCACAGAGACCAUAGAAAAGUCUGUUGUUCCAUCCAAGGUCAAUAGCUUGAGUUCUGCUUUAGAGAAGCUGCUGAAGGAGGCCUCUGAAAUGCCACCUCCUAAACCAAAACGUGCUGACAGCACAGUACAGAGGACUGCUGAGGUGGAAGUUAAAAGCAUGACCUAUGAGGAUGAUGGAGAGUUGCCACAGGAAAUCAGAGAGGCUGUAGAAAAGUCUGUUGCCCCAUCCAAGGUCAGUAGCUUGAGUUCUGCUUUGGAGAAGCUGCUGAAGGAGGCCUCUGAAACACCAUCUCCUGUCGGCACAGUACAGAGGACUGCCGAGAUGGAAGUUAAAAGCACAACCUAUGAGCAUGACGGAGACUCGCUGCAGGAAAUCAGAGAGACCAUUGAAAAGUCUGUUGUCCCAUCCAAGGUCAGUAGCUUGAAUUCUGCUUUAGAGAAGCUGCUGAAGGAGACCUCUGAAACACCACCUCCUAAACCAAAACGUGCUGACAGCACAGUACAGAGGGCUGCUGAGGUGGAAGUUAAAAGCAUGACCUAUGAGGAUGAUGGAGAGUUGCCACAGGAAACCAGAGAGACCAUAGAAAGAUCUGCGCUUUCCAAGGCUGAAUGUGGAGUGAUUGAUGUUAAUUCGGAGAAGCUACCAAAAGAGAUCUCUGAAACACCAGGUUCUGUUCUGGAAAAUAUGUAUAAGAAAAUGCAAGGUAAAAUACAGACUAGUCAAAGCAUGCGUGCUCCACAUCAACAAGAGGGAGAUCAUCCUCAAGAAAUAGAAGAAACAAUAGAAAAAACUUCUGUUUCAAAUAUUGCAAAAUUCAGUGAAUUCAGUAGCUCUCUAGAAAAACUUGUUCAAGAAGCAUCUGAAACUUCACGUCCAGUCUCCAAAGAGUUACAUAAACAAGAAAAGUUUGGGGAUCACAUGUUUCCAUCACAAAAGGAGAUUCUAUUCAUGACAGUGUCACAGCCACAUGGUGCGUUAGGUAGCUGUCAUACACAGAUGAAGGUAACUAUCAAAGAGGGAGCUCCAGAACGAAAUACCAAAACUCCAGUAAAUGAUCUUGUAGUCAGUGAAACUGAAGCUUCUGAAUUUUCUAAAAAAAAUGGAGCUAUUAAUAAAAUAGAAGAGAGAAACAAGGUUCCAGAUGAUCUCCCUCCCUUGGAAGGAGAGACCGAUGUGACUGCAAUCAAGCCAUUCAAGAUAAACAAAAAAGGAAGGCGAGAUGAAAGCACAUCCUUGGAUGCCUCUGAAAAUAAUUCCGAAUUUAAAGCACUGUUGGAAUUCAGAAGAGCAAGCACACCACUUAAAGAUGAGAACAACUCCCCCCAGCCAGAAGGAGCUCGACUCUGCCGAAGGUCUCAGCGUGAGGAUAAUGAUGAAGAGGAAGGGGACGGCUCAAAUUUGGGAUCCAAGUUUUCAGAUGAAAACUCCGAUUCCCACUCUGGAACUGGAAGUUCAACUCGUUCAGAAGAAGAAUUAAACCCUGUUUUGAUGGCUUUGAAAAGGAGUGCAGAUAGGAAAGUGCCUUCCAAAAGUGUAGAGGACAUUCCAUCAGCCACCUCAAAUAAAGGAAAAAAAAACAAUCGAAAAGAAGAAUUAGCUCUUAGUGCUGAAGAUGUUUCUGCAGUGCCUUCACAGCCCGGUAGGCCGUUUUCCAAUCCUGAAAAACUCAAAGGACUGAGCAAGUCGGUACCAUCAUUCCUACAGGAAGAGAGUGAUGACAGAGAGACAGACACAGCAUCAGAAAGCAGUUAUUCCCUUGGCAGAAUCAAGAAGAGUCCCAGCUCUCUAACCAAUCUUAGCGGCUCUUCUGGCAUGGCCUCCUUAUCCUCUGUGAGCGGCAGCCUAAUGAGCAUCUAUAGUGCAGACUUUGGCAACGUGGACGUGAAGGGCAACAUUCAGUUUGCUAUUGAUUACGUAGAACAGCUGAACGAGCUCCACAUUUUUAUUUGCCAGUGUAAAGACUUGGCAGUGGCAGACGUUAAGCGACAGCGUUCGGACCCGUAUGUAAAGACCUACCUGCUUCCAGAAAAAUACAAGCUGGGCAAGCGGAAGACCUCUGUGAAGAAGAAAACUUUUAAUCCAGUCUAUAAUGAAAUCCUGCGGUAUAAAAUUGAGAAGAGUCUCCUAAAGAACCAAAGCCUUAAUAUCUCUGUCUGGCACAACGAUACCUUUGGGAGGAACAGCUUCCUUGGUGAAGUGGAGCUGGAUUUAGGAACCUGGGACUGGAAUGAUAAAUCCAACAAGCAGAUCAACUGGCUUCCACUCAAGCCAAGGACUUCAACAGUGGCUCUUGAACUACAAAACAGAGGGGAGAUGAAACUAGCCCUCCGGUAUGUCCCGCACCCUGUUGGAGGAAAGAAGACCCUGUCUACGGGUGAGGUCCACAUCUGGGUGAAGGAAUGUCAUGACCUUCCUCUUCUGAGAGGCAACAGGCUCAACUCUUUCAUUAAGUGUACCAUUCUUCCAGACACUAGCAGAAAAAGUCGCCAGAAAACAAGAACAGUGGCAAAAACGACAAACCCAGUAUUCAACCACACCAUGGUCUACGAUGGCUUUAGACCAGAAGAUUUGAAAGAAGCCUGCGUGGAACUCACGGUCUGGGAUCACAACAAACUGGCCAACCACUUCCUGGGAGGUCUCAGGAUAGGUCUUGGAACAGGCAAAAGCUACGGAACUACAGUAGACUGGAUGGAUUCCACUGCAGACGAAACUGGCCUUUGGGAGAAGAUGAUAAACUCGCCGAACACAUGGGUAGAAGAUACACUACCUCUCCGGAUGCUAAUGGUUGCAAAAUUGACAAAAUAAGGUGGCUUUUUAAUUGCGAGUGUCAAAAAGAAACCUCGGGAAUGAAAUCAAAGGAGUGGGGGUGAAACCCGGAGGAGGAACACAGUCGCUCUUUUGACAGGCUCCGCUGCUGUUCUGGUUUUGUGCUGUCAAAUGCCACUUCGUGUUUCAAAUUAAACUUCUGCCUGCAGAUUAUUCUGUAAAUUUAAGGGAUUCUUUUAUUUUUUUUAAUCCACUGAAAAUGACUUCAAGAAAGAAGGCACUUACAGAAGUCGGUGGUCGAGGCAGCGAGAUGCCUGUGCUGCCUGACUGAAGCAGUGCUGAUCCCUUACAUAAUCUAAACUACCCGCAAAAAAAGUAAGAGCGAGUGAACUCUUUCUGUACACACCUAGGACUGCUCCUGAAGCAUUAUGAAUAAGACAGCAACAGGGUGCCUUCUGUUCACGCUCGUUAGCAUGUGUCUGCACCUCAUUAGGCAUGGCAGGUCUCUCCAGUGAGGAACGCGAGCAGGAAGAAUUUUGGUUUUUCAAAGUUCCUGUAUCUGUAGCUGUACGUUUCUAGGGUACGGAAGUCGCUUCCUAAGGAAAGAAGCCUUCCGUGAAGUGGUACCAUCCGUGUCCCGCUCUGCCGGGCGCAGACAACUUUUAAUUCCAAUAUACUAUCAGAAAUCAGAGUUAGAAAAGUUUGCUUAUGUGUGUGUUAAUUGUCUUGCUGGUAUACAAACCUUACCCUUAAAUGCUGAAGGCAUAAGGGUUAAACUUUUUUUAUUCAAAUGCUACUCUAAAAGAAUUUAAACCUGCCAAUGUUAGUGAUGACAAGGAUGUUGGGUAUUUAUUCUGUAAAGUGUAGUGCUCUGUACCUGUAUCUAUUAGCUUGGUUUUUUGCGAAAAGUAAUUUAUCUGUGCUUCAACGCCACCGUCAGGAGUCCGCGGGGGUGAUGGCGGUCUGUGUUAGGCAGCUUCGCAGCGCAGGAGAUCGGACUGGGACGUGUAACCUGUAGAAAUGCAUGCUACUAAAGAAAGAUAAAUGCAUAAAAUAAAAAAUGUGUUACUUUUUUUUUUAAUA